AACAUUAGAAUAUCGAAUGUCGAUAUUCAAAUUCAAACGCUAUGCUAUGAUAUUUAUUUUUUUUCAGUGCAAAUCCACCCAGCGGCGACACCCAUCGCGUAACACCUCGAUAUGAUCACACAUUUAGAAUUACAUCGUUACAUCAUAAGAUUGUCAUUGCAUAUCUAGCUUCACUAUCUAAUCUCUAGUCUCUUCGUAGUUCAAUCUAUUCACUAGUCAGUCAUAGCACAUUAUAGUCAUAUAAGUUAUGUAUCAGCACGUGGUAAAGCUUUGUAAGGUUAUUUUUAUUAAAAGAUUCACUUAUUUGAUCAUAAUGAUUCGGUAUAGUGCUUAAUUUUCAAAUAGUGAUUGAUAUUUAUAAAAAUCAAUAUGAAAUUCACUACUAAUUCAAUAAAGUCUUGUACCGCACGGAUUGGUACACUGACCGAGUUUGAAAGAAUUCCUAACAGCAGUUUUGAUACUCCUCUUGCCCUUAUUUAUACAAAGGCUGGUAGUGUACCACAUCUAACUAAGGAUGUCUUUAAAAUGGUAACAUCCACUCCGCAGAUGCUAUCUGUUUCACUCAACUCCACACUUUCAAUGUUCGAAUCAAUAAAAGACACUAAUACUGAUUUUGCAAAUUUUGUGUCCAUGAAAGAAUAUAUCAGUCUUCUUACAAUACAUGAUCCAGCAUUUACUACACCAUCAGGGCAUCGAGAGUCUAUCAAUUCUGUUCCUAUAUGGACAAGAAGUGGAAAAUGUGUAUUGACACCAGACGAAUACAUGGAUGUUGUUGAAGCAUUUAAACCAGAUAUGUAUGUCGCUUUAUGUGAUGGAGACACUAAUAAGAAUAGCAGUAAAAAAAGAUUAUCGAAAGCUGUGCAAAGAAGUGAAACAUUCUUUGAACAAUGCCUUAUAAAACAUUCAUCAUCCAAAGCAUUAAAAUCCUCAGAAUUAUUAGGUGUUGUUGAAGGUGGCUAUGAUAAGCAAUGUAGAACACUGUCAAUAAACUAUUUAAAAGAUAAACCUAUAAUAGGAUACGUGAUUGAUGGGUUGCAUAAUAAUGGACCAGAUGUACAAGAUACAUCAUCAGAAGAAAUUCAGGAAAUAAUAGAACAUACAGUUAAUUUGUUACCCCCUGAAAAACUGAGAGUAUUAAUGGGAUGUUGGAAUCCUCUUACAGUAUUAGAUCUAGUUGGAUUAGGCAUAGAUAUAUUUGAUACGUCGUAUCCCUAUGUGAUCACUGAAAAUGCAGAGGCUUUAACUUUUUUAUGUGAUCACAGUAAUUGUAACAAUGGAGGACAUGUAAUAUCAUUUAAAAGAGAAAGAUACGUGGAUGACUUUUCUCCAAUAUGUUCUCAUUGUGAGUGCCUCACAUGUAAAAAUCAUACCAAAGCAUAUUUGCAUCAU